CAGAGUACGGAGUGGAGGAUCACGUGACCGACACCGCGUUCGGGACUCAGAAGAGAGCGUCAGUGAGACACAGACGGACUGAGGGGAAGACGGGACCCGGUGGUUUAUCCGUGUGUGGAGACGGAACGCGAGGCGCUCGAGGUCGUGUCCCUCUGUUAGGAAGCGAAACAAAGACGACGACAAGGACAAAGUGUCUGGGUGGUGUAGGGUGCAGCGGGGGGGCUGAGAGGCAAGCACAUGAGGAAGGGGCAUCUGGAGUCCCCUGUCCCCACACACAGCGCUUGCACACAAGCACACACAAGCACAACACAGUUAAAGGGAGACACACCCACCAGCAGCCAUGAGGUCCAUCCGCUCCUUCGGAAACGACGAUCGCCACGUCAUGGCAAAACACUCCACCAUUUACCCGUCCUCGGAGGCACUGGAAGCCAUACAGAGCCUCGUCUCUACCGUCGAGUGCGCUCUCAAACAUGUCUCCGAUUGGAUGGACCAGUCGCAGGCCAAGCAACCAAACCAGUCGGGUGGGCAGGAGGAGGAGACGGAGGCCAGCACUGACGAAUCAGCAGAGGAAAGCACCAAUGAGGGCAGUAGUAGCAGCAGCAGUAAUGGAGGUGAUGGCAGGGUGCUAUGUGGGGUGAUGCGGAUUGGCCUGGUGGCUAAAGGGCUGCUCAUUAAAGAUGACAUGGACCUGGAGCUUGUGCUCAUGUGUCGAGAGAAACCCACAAACACACUGCUGCGGACUGUCUGUGAUAACCUCCCAGUACAGAUGGAGAAAAUAACAGAAGAGAAGUAUGAGGUCGAGUGCAGUAUCCCUGAGGCGGCCAUUUUAAUUUGCAGUACAACGGAGCCCAAACUCACACUGAAGGUCACACUCACCUCUCCACAGAUCAGAGAGGAUGGUGAGACAGGAGAGCAAGAGAGCGUUGUUGAGGCGAGCGAGCCGUCGGACCUGCUGGAUAGACAGAGGUGCCUGGUGGCGCUGGCCUCUCUGCGACAUGCUAAAUGGUUCCAGGCGCGAGUAAACGGCUUAAAAUCAGGAGUGAUCGUUUUACGGAUUCUGAGGGACAUGUGCAACCGAGUGCAGGCCUGGGAACCUCUCAAAGGAUGGCCGUUGGAGCUGCUGUGUGAGAAGGCCAUCGCAACAUGUAACCGGCCGCUGGGAGCAGGAGAGGCUCUGCGCCGGGUCAUGGAGUGUCUCGCCUCCGGGAUCCUCCUCCCAGGUGGACCGGGGCUGCACGACCCGUGUGAAAAGAAACUGACCGACACGCUGGGAGCCAUGACGGAUGAUCAGGCGGAGGCCAUCACGUACAGUGCACAGCACGCCCUCCGGCUGAUGGCUUUCGGUCAGAUAUACAAGGUCUUAGAGAUGGAUCCACUUCCGUCCAACAAACCCUCAUCAAAAUACCCCUGGUCUGAAAAAGAAGGUUCAGGGCUAAAGAGGCCCUACGAGGACGGCCUGAUGGACGACAAGGACCUCAUCAAGAAGAUGAAACGCAACCUGAGAAAAGUUUUAGACAGUAAAGCAAUAGACACCAACCAGCCCAUGAAUGCCCUCAUGCGGUUGAAUCAGAUCCGUCCAGGACUGCAGUACAAGCUCUUGUCUCAGUCCGGUCCGGUUCACGCUCCGGUCUUUACCAUGUCCGUAGAUGUGGAUGGAACCAUCUAUGAAGCCUCGGGCUCUUCAAAGAAAACGGCUAAGCUGCAUGUAGCUGUUAAGGUGCUGCAGGCGAUGGGAUACCCAACAGGCUUCGACACAGACCUGGACUCCAUGAGUGCAGAUGAGAAGUCGGACAGCGAGGGCAAGAACGAGACAUCGACAUACUUGAGCAAUAACACAUCACACUCCACAGACAGCUCCAGCACACUGGAGGUGCGAACUCAGGGUCCUAUUCUGACAGCGAGCGGUAAGAACCCGGUGAUGGAGCUGAACGAGAAACGUCGAGGCCUCAAAUACGAGCUGAUCUCCGAGAGCGGAGGGAGCCAUGACAAACGCUUCGUCAUGGAGGUGGAGGUCGAUGGACAGAAGUUCCGUGGCGCAGGACCUAAUAAAAAAGUAGCCAAAGCUAGCGCCGCCCUCGCUGCUCUGGAUAAACUGUUCUCUGGACCCAAUGCUGCCAGCAACAAGAAAAAAAAAAUCAUCCCUCAGAAUAAAGGAGUGAUUGCGGCUGCGGCGGCCGCCGCCUCUGCUGUUGCAGCUCAAGCUGCUCGAGGAAGAGGAAGAGCCGCACUGGCAAGAGGAGCCUUCGUCAGUGCUGCCGCUCCAGGCUACGUCACACCAGGUUUUGGAAGCCCGUACGGCUACAGCGCUGCUGCUCCUGCCUACGGUGGUCUUUUCAUUGACAAUCCCUUUUACCAGCCGCGGACCAUCGCACCUUUUAUUAUUCACUUGGGUCCUCAAGAUCUCUUCUCUGACUUCUAGAACCAUCAGGUUGUGUGGCUCUAAAGUGUCAUGUACCGCUCCAGGCUCUCUCUCUCUCUCUCUCUCUCUCUCUCUCUCUCUCUCUCUCUUUCUCUGUCUGUCUCUCUUUCUGAAUAUCUCUCUCUCUCUCUCUCUCUCUCUCUCUCUCUCUCUCUCUCUCCCGCACAGAAACACCCUAAAAUCUGCACACACUCCUUUCACCCAAAAACACAAGCAGCUCGUAAUGAAAGCAAUACCUGAUUUGUUCGACCUCGGCUCACUGCAGAGGACUUUUGGCAAUACACGUGAACUGAUUUUUAUUUAUUUAUUUUUACACGGCUUGAAGCUUUUCCACAGAUGAUGUGAAUGUUCGGUCUUUAAUCUGGCACUGCAGUAUAUUAUUUGUCACUGUAUAUUCGCGAAUGAACGUGUGACUAUAUUAUAAAUAUAUACAUAUAUAUGUAUGGUAUAAACUCUACUAUAAAUAUAUAUGUGUAGAUA